AUGGAUAGCUUGCUUGCGCUUCUUAAAAAGAGUGGUCACCCAAAUCUACCCAGUUCUGCUCGUACACUGUUGGGUACAACAAGAUCUAUUUUUGUUAAAGUGAAGUCUGGAAUGGAUUAUGUUUAUCUGCCUUUAGCUGCUGAAUUGUUGAAACAUUUUAAGAGACAUCCUCCCAAUAUAGUUGAUCAUAUUGAUUCACUUGAGAUUUCUUUAAAUGUUGAUGGGUUGCCCUUAUUUAAGAGUUGUAACAAAACUUUAUGGCCUGUUCUUUGUGCAAUUGUGAAUGUAAAACCAGUAGUAGCUUUUCCUGUUGUUCUAGCCUAUGGGAAGUCCAAACCAAAAGAUUUGGAAUUUUUGGAAGAUGUUAUCAGGGAUUUGGGUGAUGUCCUUGAGAAUGGUCUGCAAGAUGGUAAUAGAGUUCUUCCUGUAAGUUUGAGGUGUGUUGUGUGUGAUGCCCCUGCAAGAGCACUUGUCAAAGAUACCAAAUUAUGCUCCGGGUACUUUGGUUGCGACAAGUGUGCGCAAUAA